AGCUCAGGAUGGCUUUAGUACCUUACGAUGAAAGCACUGCUGUUUUACCCGCAUUGGCAAAACUACGUGAGUCCUCCGCCGAGUUCCACUUUGCCAACCACAGCGUGCGUCUGACACAGGACUGGAACCGUUUGGGUGUCGCCGCGGUCGUCUGGGAUGCCGCUGUGGUUCUGUGCAUGUUUAUGGAGCUGGGACACGUUGAAUUGAAGGGAAAGACUGCAAUUGAGUUGGGAGCUGGCACAGGGCUGGUAGGCAUAGUGGCUACUCUUCUAGGGGCCAAUGUCACCAUAACUGACAGGCUACCUGCGCUCGAGUUUCUGGCUGCCAACGUGCAUGACAACAUUCCUCCGUCCCUCGAAGGGGCAGUGAAGGUGUCCGAGCUGAGCUGGGGGGAGGGCCUCGAACACUACGAGGCUGGUGCCUAUGACCUUGUUUUUGGGGCCGACAUUGUGUACCUGGAGGAGACAUUCCCGGCCCUGCUGCGGACACUGGAACACCUGAGCUCGGAACGUACCAUUGUGCUGCUCUCCUGCCGCCUGCGGUACGAGCGCGACGAGAGAUUCCUCGGCCUGCUGAAGAGGAAGUUCGAUGUGCAGGAGGUCCACUACGACGCCGAGCGGGACAUCCACAUCUACAAGGCCACCAGGACUGCUGACAGGAGAGAUCUGUAAAGCCUGGGUGUCUGGUUCAUAGACCGCAGAAGCUGAAAAGAUCAACAAUGCUGUAUAGAUUCUGAUACAGACUAACUUUUUACCCUAUGUGUCAUCAGUUGGGUUUAUGUUUACUGCUUUUACAGAAGUAAUGGCUCUGGUCUUAUGCACUUUCUUUGACCAAGGCAGACCAAGUGAAGGGGCAUACUAAAACUGAUGAAUGGCAGACAGAAGUUUUUACAUAUUUUAGUAUUAUUUUAAUGUAUGGUAGUUAUUAUAUAAGUGCACUACAAGUUUACCACCUUUGUUGCCUUUUUGUCCAAGUGGUGAAAAGUAGCUUUGAUGGCAUUAUGUGGACACACUCUUUAAAUGAAUGUGUUGGAAACAACAUAAACUGUGUUGUCCCUAUCAGGACACAGAGAUGUGCUGUUUUCAACACAUUCAUAUUAAGAAUGCAUUCUACUAUUGGGGAUCAUCCCUUCAUUUCAUUCGUGUAGUGUAACUGUCCAUCCAUUUCGGCACAGUUAUAGUUUGCUCAGAUUGUGCAGGAGAUGAUGCAGUCAAGUGACCUUAAUGAAACCAAGGACACCACACCAGUGUUAACCAGUUGUCUGCCAUGUUGUGAAAAUGUCUCCAUUUCAUCUCUGUCUGCCUGUCCCUUUCCGUCCCUCUGUCUUGAGUGGACGUUGAGCAACAGCUGCUAUGCAAUAAUAUGUCCAGUGGAUGGCAGCAACAACACAGGUUUUUGAGGCGCUCACCCCCAAGCAUUUCUCAUUCAGUACCAGCCAAAGAUGCUGAGGCUCCAACAAACUACAAUAACUACCCUCUGUAGGGCGUUGCAUUUCACCCCACAUUUGUUUCUCCUCCCAAAAUACGUAAUACUCUCUGAAAAGAACCCUACCUUCUCAACAUUCCAGUGACUCAGCUUUAAGAGUAUAAGACUAGGAACUGACAACAACUGCCACUCCCAAAUCCAGGUGAACGGAGCCAUGUCAGUGUUUGAGGACUGCCAUUUUGUUCAGACUGAUUGUCCGUACACUGUAGGUCAGAUAAGGGUCAGUCGGCAGUGGACUGAGGCCUCAUUUGAAUUGAUGGGAGUGAGGCACUUGCUCUCUGAGUGCUCUCUGCGUCCCUGGCUGGAGUUCAUUAUGACUGACAAUGUAGCACUAAUGAGAGGAAUUAAAAUGAUCAUAAUCAUUUCAUGAUGA